AUGAUAGAUAUUGUUAGCUUGGCUGGUAGGCUACGUAAACGGCCAGACGGUAGACCAGUUUACACCGUAGAUGGUUCCGAUGAGGACGCUGACUUUGAUCUAAACAAGGAUCCGACAACUGAACAGAUUGAAGGACUUGCCGAAAGAGACGCGGUUACUCCUCUUACAGAGAUGGAGAAGAUUUUGGACUGCCAAAUGCGUUCUAUGGCAUCUAACGAUCUGAAUUCAUCAGAUAAUGUUGUGAAACAAUAUCUUGUGAAGUGGAAGGGGUUAUCUUACCUACACUGCUCUUGGGUGCCUGCGCAGGAGUUCCAGAAGGCCUAUAAGUUCAACCCUCGUUUAGUAUUCAGGGUGAUCAGAUUUCAUUCUGCGAUGGAGUCAAUGAGUAAAAAUGGAGAUGAUUUUGUUGCCAUUCAUCCUGAGUGGACCACUGUUGACCGGGUUAUAGAUUGCCGCGGAGAAGAUGGGGGCAAGGAGUAUCUGGUGAAGUUCAAAGAACUUUCUUAUGAUGAGUGUUAUUGGGAAUCUGAAUCAGACAUAUCAACCUUCCUAAACGAAAUCCAGAGGUUCAAGGAUAUAAACUCUGGUUGUCGCACAGAUAAAUAUGUUGGCCAUGAGAGAAGUCAUGAAGAUCUCAAACAGUUUGAUCAUACUCCUGAGUUUAUUACAGGCUCAUUGAAUCCGUAUCAGCUUAGUGGGCUUAACUUUUUGCGGUUUACAUGGUCAAAACGAACUCUUGCAGUCCUUGAUGAUGAGAUGGGGAUAGGCAAAACAAUUCAAAGCAUUGCUUUUUUAGCUUCGCUUUUUGAGGAAAACUUGGCUCCGUAUUUGGUAGUUGCUCCCGUUUCCACUUUGAGAAACUGGGAGAGAGAAUUCGCCACAUGGGCACCACAUAUGAAUGUGGUUAUGUACUGUGGUAAUUCUCAAGCUCGUACUGUUAUUAGAGACCAUGAGUUUUACUUCCCAAAAGGUCAUAACAAGAUGAUUGGAAUCAAUGGAGAAAGCAAACAGGAGAGGAUGAAGUUUGAUGUCAUUCUCACGUCUUAUGAGAUGAUCAACGUAGACACAGAAAUCCUAAAACCAAUCAAGUGGAAAUGCAUGAUUGUUGAUGAAGGCCAUCGGUUGAAAAAUAAAAAUUCAGAGUUGUUCAAUUCGCUGAAGCCGUAUACGAGUGAACAUCGCGUUCUAGUUAGAAAGAACUUGGAUGAUGAGUCUGCUGUCUUAGAGGAAGCACACGCUAUAGAAAACAAGUCUUCAACAUCAAACUACUUGGAAGAUUCGUUAAAAGACAAGUAUGAAAGUCAGCAAGUUGAGGAGCUCAAUGUUCUUGGAAAGAGGAAGAGAAACCACAAACAGAGGUUUGGCGAAGAUGCGCUUCGUUAUCAAGAAGCUGAACAAACUGAUGGUGAAGCAGCUGGACAGGGAAACCAGAUGGCUUAUUGGCCUUACAAUAGAAGGAACCCCGAUAAUGAACUUGCUUGUUUAGAAGCGACCUCUGCUCAUGAAGAACCCAAACCAAUUGAUGGUGAAGCAGCUAGACAAGGAAACCAAAUGGCUAAAAGGCCUUACAAUAGAAGGACUCGCGAUACCUCUGAGCCAAUACCUUUGAUAGAAGGAGGAGGGAGAUAUCUCAAGGUGUUAGGUUUUAACGAGCUGCAAAGAAAGAGAUUUAUAAGGACGUUAGAGAGGUACGGAGUUGGCAACUAUGACUGGAAGGAGUUUGUUGAUCCUUUAAAGCCGAGAACCUAUGAUGAAAUUAAAAAUUAUGGAUUACGUUUCUUGAAGCACAUCGUCGAAGACAAAGAUGUUAAUUCUCCAACCUUUUCAGAUGGAGUCCCCAAAGAAGGACUAAUAUGUCAUGAUUUACUUGCCAAAAUUGCCGUUAUGAUGUUAAUUCAAAAGAAGGUGAAACUUAUGAAAGACCAUCCAACAAUCCCCGUUUUCUCUGACGGCAUUAUCCAUAGGUUCCCUGCACUAAGAUUCAGAAGAGGAAUAUUUUCGAACGAUGAACGUGACAGGAUCCUGUUGCGUGCUGUUUCUAAGAACGGGGUUGGAAAAUGGUCUGUCAUUGUUACUGACAUAGAGUUUGGGAUCGACCAGCUCGUGCGAAAAGAAUUGAACCGCCCUUACACAAGUUUCAUUACUGCUAACGGAAACGUAAAAGAAACGCAAAUCAUAGUUACUGAUCAUAUAAAAAGACGGUUUCUGAUUCUGAAGGAAGCGAUAAUAAACGAGUUUGCUGAAGAGUACUACUAUGGACAAAAGCCUUCAUCUCUGAUACGUGCUCAACAAAAUGGUCUACUGGAUCAACCCAAGAAUUUGUUUUCUGAUAAGUUUCGACUAUUAACUGAACGUGCUUUACAUAAGUUUGCGAGGAAGAACAUUUCCAGAAGCUUAAGGGGCUAUGACGAAGAAGAAGAAGAAGAAGAAGUAACUGAAGUCAUUAUGAUGGACUGA